AUGGCCAGUAACUUACUGUUACCGCUAACAAUUCCCAAAAUUACAUCCAACCCAAAACAAAUUCACAAAUUGAUUCUUGAUUUUGUUUCCUUCCCUCCCUUCCUCCAACACCGAUCUGGGUUCAACAACUGUAUGGUUCAUAAGAUGAGCGUCAGUGCGCCUGUUACACCAGCAACCAAGAUCCGAAGAACACCUUCUUCAACCCCAAGUGGCCCAAGAAUCGCCGAGGAGAAGAUACUGGUCACCGUUAGAAUCAGGCCCUUAACUCCUCGAGAGCUUUCUGCCUAUGAUCUUAUUGCUUGGGAUUGCACCGAUGAGAAUACUGUUGUUUCAAGAAACCUCAAUCACGAGCGCCAUAACGGAACUUACACUUUUGAUAAAGUCUUCGAUCCGUCUUGUCCAACUAGGAAGAUCUAUGAGCAAGGUGCUAGAGAUGUUGCCCUCUCUGCUAUCAAAGGGAUUAAUGCUACAAUUUUUGCAUAUGGUCAAACUAGCAGUGGCAAGACUUACACCAUGAGGGGAAUAGCAGAGAAUGUUAUCGAUGACAUUUAUGCCCAUAUUAAGAAUGCCAUGGAAAGUAAAUUUGUGUUGAAGCUUUCUGCUCUUGAAAUCUAUAAUGAGACAGUGGUAGACCUGUUAAACCGUGAUUCUGGUGCCCUUCGUCUCUUGGAUGAUCCUGAGAAAGGCACAAUAGUUGAGAAGCUAACUGAGGAGGUCAUCAAAGAUGCUCAGCAUCUAAGGUGCUUAAUAGCAACUUGUGAAGCUCAAAGGCAAGUUGGUGAAACUUCUUUGAAUGAUAGAAGCUCAAGGUCACAUCAGAUAAUCAGAUUGACUAUUGAGAGUAGCCAUCGUGAAGAAUCAGGAUGUGUAAAAUCCCUUUUAGCAAGUUUGAGUCUUGUGGAUCUUGCUGGAAGUGAGCGUACUGUUCAAACAAAUGCAGAUGGUAUUAGGCUAAAAGAAGGAAGCCACAUCAACAGAAGCCUACUCACUUUAACAACUGUGAUUAGAAAGCUAAGUGUUGGGAAGAAAAGUGGUCAUAUACCAUAUAGAGAUUCAAAACUAACAAGAAUAUUGCAAUCAUCACUUGGGGGGAAUGCAAGAACUGCAAUAAUUUGUACUAUGAGUCCUGCAUUAAGCCAUGUUGAUCAAUCAAGAAACACAUUGGCUUUUGCAAAUAGUGCAAAGGAGGUUACAAACAGUGCUCAAGUCAAUAUGGUUGUUGGAGAGAAGCAAAUGGUGAAGCAUUUGCAAGAAGAAGUGACUAGACUUAAAGCAGAAUUGUUGACUCCAGAGGCUUCAUCCUCAAAGUGUUUAAGAACUUUGCUGUUGGAAAAGGAGCAGAAAAUCCAGCAGAUGGAGAUAGAAUUGAAUGAGAUAAAGCGUGAAAGAGACCUUGCACAAUCACAGCUAGAAAUAGCAAGAAAACUACAAAAAGACACAAAGGAGCCUGUGAUUCAGAAUCAAGUAGCCAAACGUCUCUCAUUCAGUGAUCAUAUAUCAAUAUCAAACAGGCGAACAUCUGUAAGAAAGUCAACUCAGUCAACUCAAAGAAAACCAUUAAGACAAUCAGCCACAUGUAUGGAUCCAUGCAUGUUGGUGCAUGAAAUAAGAAAAGUGGAGAUGAGACAAAGACAAUUAGGUGAAGAAGCAAAUCGUGCACUUGAAUUGCUUCAUAAAGAAGUUUCCUCUCACAGACUUGGGAAUCAAGAUGCUGCUGAAACCAUUGCAAAGCUGUUAUCUGAUAUCAAAGACAUGCAUGGAAUCAGCAAUUCCAUUCCGGAGGAGAUUGAAGUUAAAGAUAAAGCGAGUUUAAAAGAGGAAAUAGGUCGUUUGAAAUGUGAAGAAAACACGAUUGCAUCUUUGGAAGAAAAGCUUGAAAAUGUGCAGAAAUCUUUAGACACAUUGGUUAUGUACAACAAUGAGGAGGCUUCAAGGAGUCCUUUAAAGACCAAGAUUUUGAAAACAAAUGGAAAAAUGUCAAGUUUUAUAAAAUCUCCAUGUUCACCUUCUUCAUCAGUUAUUCAUAACAUUGAGAACAUGGCUCCAGAUAAUCAAAAGAUCGAAGGGGACAAAAAGGCUUCUACUCCUGCUGCUGCAUCAAAGCAACCAAAUGUGAAAAAGAUUCAAAUGAUGUUUAAAACAGCAGCUGAAGAUAAUAUUCAAAGCAUUAAAUCUUAUGUUACUGAAUUGAAAGAACGUGUGGCAAAGUUACAAUAUCAAAAGCAGCUACUAGUCUGCCAGGUGUUGGAGCUGGAGGAAGCAAACGAUGGUGGUGGUGGUGGUGAGACAGAUUUUGUGGAGGAAAUGGAAUAUCCUAUCAUGCCACGUCACCUUGUGUUUGAGGAACAGAGAAACCAGAUAAUAAUGUUGUGGCAUUUAUGUCACGUCUCAAUCAUACAUAGGACACAAUUCUAUAUGUUGUUCAGAGGAGACACUGCUGAUGAGAUAUACGUACAAGUGGAACUCAGAAGGCUGACGUGGCUUGAACAGCAUUUGUCAGAACUCGGGAACGCAAGUCCAGCUCUGCUAGGAGAUGAGCCAGCUGGCUCUGUCACAUCAAGUAUAAAGGCGUUGAAACAAGAGAGGGAGUAUUUGGCAAAAAGGGUGAGCACGAAACUGAGUGGUGAAGAGAGGGAAAUGCUGUAUAAGAAAUGGGAGAUUCCAAUGGAGGGAAAGCAGAGGAGAAGGCUGCAACUUGUGAAUAGGUUGUGGACAGAUCCUUUGAAUAUGAGACAUGUGAAAGAAAGUGCUGAAAUUGUUGCGAAGCUUGUGGGGUUUUGUGAAAUGGGGGAGCAUGCUUCCAAGGAGAUGUUUGCUUUGAAUUUUGUGAAUCCUAGUGAUAAAAAGGCCUGGAUGGGUUGGAAUUUGAUAUCCAAUUUGUUGCAUUUGUAAAAGAACUAGAAUUCCUUCCUGUUGUAAAUUCAUGUGACGAAAAUUAUCAUCUUCAAAUAAUGGC